AUGCCAAAGGUCAACGCAAGGAGACGCCCUGGUGGCGGCGCGUCCUCCUCUUCGCCCUACUCCAAGCCCUCGUCCGCAGCCUCGAAUGUCAUCUUCAAAAUGAACACGGACAUCGGCCAACACGUCCUCAAAAACCCCGGCGUCGCCCAAGCAAUCGUCGACAAGGCAGACCUUAAACAAUCUGAUAUAGUCCUCGAAGUCGGUCCCGGUAGCGGGAACCUCACGGUGAAGAUCCUGGAGAAGGCGAAAAAAUGUGUCGCGGUGGAACUGGACCCGCGCAUGGCGGCCGAAGUCACGAAACGAGUCCAAGGCACGCCCCAGCAGAAGAGACUCGAUGUGCUACUGGGGGACGUGAUCAAGACGGAACUCCCUUACUUUGACGUCUGCAUCUCAAAUACACCCUACCAAAUCUCCUCGCCCUUGGUCUUCAAACUUCUCGCCACAAACCCCGCGCCCAGGGUGUGCAUAUUAAUGUUCCAGCGCGAGUUCGCCAUGCGCCUGUUCGCCAAGCCGGGAGACAAACUGUACUCGCGCCUCAGCGUCAACGCGCAGAUGUGGGCCAAGAUCGACCACAUCAUGAAAGUCGGCAAGAACAACUUCAAGCCGCCUCCGCAGGUUGAGUCGAGUGUCGUGAGACUGGUCCCGAAGGUGCCAAGACCGAACAUCAGUUAUGAGGAGUGGGAUGGCCUGUUGAGGGUGUGUUUCGUGCGGAAGAACAAGACGCUCCGGGCAAACUUUCUAGGCACGAGCAGCGUGCUGAGCAUGCUGGAGCAGAGCUACCGGACAUGGUGUGCGCAGAACGACAUUCCGCUCGACGAAGGCCCGGCCGACGAGGCGAUGAUGCUAAUGGAAGUCGAAAACGUGCAAGACGGCGUCAACCUCAACGGCGAAGGCGACGUGGAGGAAGAAGAAUGGUCCGGGUUCAUGGACGUCGACGUCGACGACCAGGACGAAGACAACCUCCCCAGCCUGCUGCCCAACAAGCCCCGAGCGACCCCCGCGGAGCGCUCCGUCUCCCGCAAAAAGCGCGACAAAGUCUUCCACCUGGUCCGCGAGAAAGUCCGCUCUGUCCUCGAGGACAAGACCGCCCUGGCUGACAAGCGGGCGCGUAUGUGCGACGAGGCCGACUUUCUGAAGCUCUUGUACCAUUUCAACCUCGAGGGAAUCCAUUUUCUGGGCAUCAAGCAUGGCGAGUAA